GGAGAUUCCGGUUACACCCCCCUCCUCGCCUCUCUUUUUCUGCUCACCCCAGACACACACCCGGGAGAGCUGCUUUAUAACUCUGUUCCUCCCUGACCCAGGAACUUAAUUUCCCUGUUGAUGUGCUUGCUCGCUCUUUCUCUCUCCCAAGGUUGUUCACCAAGCCAUCUUCCUUUCCUAGAGAACCUUCUUCCCCUUAGCCUCUGGCCUGCUGGCUCCAAAAGAUCCAGCACCUUUCCAUUUGCCCCUGGGCCUGCCUGGAUUUUAUUAUUUUUAUUUAGAAAAAGAAACUGGAAGAGAACGCAUUGAGUAAAGAGAAGAGGAGCAGGAGGGCGAACCCCACAACUGGAUGAAGUUCGAGGGAAGAGACUGGGAGCCCCAUUUGCUGGUGAAACAUGGACCUUUCCCUCUCGAUGGCUGCGCUUUAAGUGAUGCUGCUUUUUGGAAGGCCUCGUGUCUGGCUGCUGGUGGGAGAAGGCAGAAUGGACACUGGCGCGUCCAGGACAGGCGAUAAAAUGAGGAGUGUGUGCUGGGGGGUGUGAGAGCGGAGGGGAGGGAAAAAAGAAGAGCUUUCUUUGGUUUCUUGUUAUUUCCCCCUCCUCCUCCCUUCCCUUCACCUUCCUCUCCCCACUCUCUCUUUCUCUCCCCCCCCCCCCCGCAGCCUCCUUGCAAAUGUGAUUGUUUUGUCUAUCACACAAGGCAAAAGUGGAAGACUCUUCCUGGGUUUUGGGGGUGGGGGAACACACACAAAAAAAGGAAGGAGGCGCAGCAGUGGCUGGCAGGAGCUUGGUGGCGCGGCUGGAUGCCUUUUUGGACUUUCCUCGGGAAGGGCUCGAAGCGAGAGGGCGGCCAGCGACGGCUCGGAGGGGAGCAGCACCUUCGCGACCCCAUGCUGCCUUCACUCAUCCUGUCUCUGCUGUCUCUCCUGGCAGAAGGGGCCAGCCUGCAGCCAAUCAGGAUGAGCCACCUAGGGGUGUGCCCCAACCAGCUGAACCCCAACCUGUGGGUGGAUGCGCAGAGCACCUGCGAGAGGGAGUGCCAGGCCGAUCAGGUGAGUCGGGGACGCUGUAGGUGAGCUCGCUCGCUCGCUCGCCCACCCGCUUUGCGAGAGCUUCGGCGCGCAGUUCCGGGCCUAGCCAGCAGGGGGUGGUGCUGUGCUCCCCUCGGGUGAAAUGCCCUUCUAUGGCAAAAGAGUAAUAGCUCAGCCCGGGAGGUCGCAUCGCUCGAGGGUUUGUCACCGAGGGAGGCUUAGGAAGGUGCCUCAUCUGAAAAGCGCAGGAGUGGCUCCCUUGCAUUCAGGAUUUUUCGGGAUUCAACCUGGGACCACCUGCAUGUAAAGCAGAUAGAUGCUCUGCCCUUGAGCCACAGCCCUUCCCUGGUUUGUAGGCAGAAGGUCUGAGGAUCGGCCCCUGGCGAUUCCAGUUAAAACAGUCCCCGAUAGGCAUCGUUCAUUCCCAACUCUGCUGAGACCACUGCCAGUCAGAGUGGACAGUGCUGUCCUAGACAGACCAAUGAUCUGACACAGCAUCAGGCAGCUUUAUAUGCUCAAUAAACUUUAUGGUGCAGCUGGGAAUCUGGCUUCCCUCGAGUUUUUUCGUUUUUGUUUUCUAAGACCUUCUGUUAAGAGGUCUGGAAAGAACCCUAUCUGAGAUACAGGAGGGUCUUGACAGACCCAGUGGUCUGACUCAGAAUUCAGCAGCUUCCUAUGUUCCUUCUCUCUGCCAGCAAGGGCAAAGGGACGGUGCCUGCAUUUACUCAGCACUCUGUACAUGCUCAGAGGAUCUAUUUUAUUUGCUUCUCUGGAUGCUUCAGAGAUACUGCAGAUUGUUAGGCUAAUAAGCCUACAUCAUUUUAGGAUUAUUUUUCUAUUUCUUUUCGGAAGCUACACACCUUCCCUCUUUUGCAUAAAACUCAAAACAUCAAUGUGCCUGGGUAUAAAAGUUGCAGCUGUAAUCAAUUCUCCCUCCAUCUGGUUUUUUUUUUGUGGUUUUUUUGCGCACCUUCUCUCACGCGCAAUUCCCAGAUGCAGGAUGUCCUUUAGUCUAGAUGGGUCACAGAAAUAGGGGUGUCUAAUCAAGUCAUUGGGGCAAGUAGUACCCCUUCUUCACCUAACGAUAUGUUGUGCCCCUGGAGCAGUACGGGGGACUGACUCCCGAAGUGGUGACAGGUUUUUGGGUGCCAGUAAGGAUGGCAGAAUGGGAGAGAGAAACACUUCUGACCCGUGGGGCACAAUCAACCACGGAACUCUUAUGUGCAAAGAAACUCUUAGGAGCUUCGGAUGAGCGCAAAUGAUAUUUGCACAAGAGAACUCCCCAGUGCUAAUCUGUCAUGGCUCAGUGACAGGGCACAUAUUUGCACACCAAAGAACUCUGGUUCAGUUCUCCCAACAUCUUCAAGUUGGGCUGGGAAAUUAUCCAGUAUGGGAGCCCAUUUUAGAUAAAGCUGAGCUAGAUGGUCUGAGUACGGCAGCUUUUGGUGUACCUCCAAGAAGGAGAUCAUAUCUUGGGUCAUCCUUGAGCAAAUGCUGCAAUUCCAAGGGGGUGGGCAGUGGAGGAACCAAUGCUCAUGAAUGUGGGCAUGAAUACAUUCCAGUUUGGGAAACUGUAACAUUUUGCUCAGCCUUAGGACUAAGCUGAUAGGCUGGUUCACAUUGUCCCUUUUCCUCCUCCAUGUGAACAGCCAGGGUCAUUGGAACUUCUGCACCUUAUCUGUAUGCAGCCUGCAGUGUACAUGGGUGCCUGCGUGCAUGAUAGUAGGUAUAUGCAUAGCUCAGAAUGAGCCAGGCGACUCAAGGAGAAAAGGAAGUUGCUUUGUAAACCACACAGUCCAAGGGCAGUAUCUAACAGUACUCCAUCAAGUGUGGAAGUUGCUACAGUGUGCCUCAUUCCCACACUCCUGAGACAUGUGGAAGAAGCCAACAUUGUGGCUCUUUCUCACACUUGCAUUGCCCCAGGACAGGUGGUGCUGGCAUGGCAAGUAGACAUAUCACUGGUGUUGUUAGUACAGCACAGGUGGGCAUAGUGCCAAUGCCCCUUGGGACUAGUGGGGUGGAGAGCAGAGAGGCGAAUGGUAGGUGGCGUGCGAGCCAAUGACAGGCAGUGCCAAAUAAUUCCUGGCCCAUCCUCUCCUCUGCUGAGUUUUACAAGGGGGUUGGACUAGAUGACCCUCGGGGUCCCUUCCAACUCUACAAUUAUCUGAUUCAAAGAAGGCAGGCAAGUUGGGUGGGCAGACAUAGGUUGGUGAGGCAGUUCCCUGUUCACCCUAAUGGAGCAGUACCCAUUCAUGCUAAUGGUGCAGUCGCCACUGACAGAUGGGAAUGGUAAUUGCUGCUGAGGGAAUGGAAGCCCCUACAUCACUUCCAUGUGGAGAAUUCCAUGCAUUGUCAUCAUUUUCAUUAUUACAUUUGAAACCAUUAAGGAGCUCAAGGCAGCACAUAUGCUUUCUUGCUCCUUCCUCCCUUUAUCCUCACAACAAUCCUGUGAGGGAGGCUAGACUGAGAGAGAGAGAGAGAGAGAGAGAGAGAGAGAGAGAGAGGGAGACUCAAGGGUCACCCAGUCAGCUGAGUGAGGAUUUGAACCCGCAUCUCCCCACUCCUAAUAUGACACAGUAUAAACCAUCACAUAGGAAACAACACACAAUAUGUUUCCAUGUAGGAAAGUCUUUCUUGUGUGAAGUGGUCCUUCCUUCCUUGGGAGGUGCAAGCGGUUGCUAGGAAACCAGAAUAGGAUCCUCCAUGACUCUGGCUUUAACACCCACCCUCAAAUACUUGGUUAAGCCCCAUCCUCUGCUUUUGCCAUCCAUCUCUCUUAUCAGUCCCCCACAUAACUGGAAAUUUAUAUAUUUGCAUAUGUGAUGGCAACUGGAGGAGGAGAAAGAGAGGACAGAGGAUGUGAGCGGAGGUGGGGACCUUCUUCCCAAACUUUGGACCUCCUGGGAAACUCGGCAAACCUACUGUACCUGGAACUGGGUGUGGAGAGUACAGUUGAAUGGGACACAGUUGUGGGUAGCCAGAGAAGGUGUCAUCCACCUGCCUAUAGAAAGCAAGUCUAGAGUGAGAGACUAGGGUGAUGUCUGCUGUUUCCAGGAACUCUUCUCCCUGUAAUACUUUCCUGGAUGAUCUGAGAGUUUAUUUGGACCCUGGGUGAGAACCUGGAGGCUGAGAGGGAGGGUGUGUCAGAAGGAAAAUGAACUGAUGCUGAUUUUUAAAAUAUAUUAGUAACUUUCUAUUAAUUUUUAUAUGCAGUUGUUUAUUUUUGUAAUAUUUUGAUUAAGUUGUCUGUUGUUGCUUCAGUUUUCUAUAAACCACUUAGAAAUAUUUUUUAACAUAUUAAGCGGUAUAGAAAUCAAUCAAUCAAUCAGCUUUGUCAAAUUGUGGCUGUGCUACUUAGUUUUUGUCUGGGAAGGGAGUUGAAAGAUUCUUUGCAAUUAAUCCCUCCCUUCCUCUCAUUCCCUUGUGUGAGAGACCGUCCAAAAACAUCUUUUUUGCUCAAAGUGGUAAACUGGUUCCUCCAUCCCCACCCCAGUCAGGGUCAAUUUUAGUCAAGCAACUUCUUAUGUGAUAAGGAAGCAGCAAUGCCACCCCUCCCCCCCCCCCGGUGAGAGCACAAGUACCUCAGAGGUAAAAUUGUACCCCACAGCUUAGAGCAUGGUUGGGGCUUGUGGUCCUCCAAACAUUGUUGAACGACGCCUCCCAUCAGCCCAGCAUGACCAACGUGGCCAAUGGUCUGGGAUGAUGGGAGAUGGAUUCUGACAACACCUGGAGGGCCACAGGUUCCCCAGGCCAAAGCCAGAUCUAGGGGAGUGCGACUGGUUCAGUUGCACUGGGUGCAGAGCUUCUGGGGCAGGUGCCACAACAAUGAAAAGCAACAGGAGGCAAAGGGGCAGAUUUUGGCAUUGCACAAAGCACCACUGAAAUUUGAGAUUCCAAGGUCCUCCACUGCCGAGGCCUGGUUAAGGGAACUGAAGGGUCAAUGGAGCCAGAGCCAACUGAAUUAAACUGCAAGCAGAGCCACUAAUUCUGGUUUUGUCCCCAUCUUCCUCCUCCUCCCUGUUUAGUUCUACAGUGACAACACUGAGACUCAGGAAGGAAGAAGAAGAUGACAGGCAGGACAGCUCCCAGGACUGGUUGCAAUAAGAAUGCAGGCAGGUGGCUGCAGGCAAGCUCAGGUUGAUGGGCCACAUUCACCCUUAUGGACCAGCCUGCACUGUAGAUGUGUGUAUUAGAGGCAGGUUGCUUGACAGCGGCAUAUAUAAGCAUAUAGGAAGACUUGGGGAUGCUGUUUCUGCUAGGUCACAACCAUAGCUGUCAACGUUUCCCUUUUUUUAAGGGAAAUUCCCUUAUUCCAAAUAGGAUUCCUCACAAGAAAAGGGAAUAGUUAACAGCUAUGGUCACAACCCAGAGGAGGCCCGUAGGCCCCAUCUGCACUAUGUGCUUAAAUCAGUAUCACUGAUUUUUAAACAUGACUUUUAAACAGUCAUGGCUGUUUAAGGUGGUUAUGCUGCUGCUGUAAUUGCACAGAGGAGAUGGGGCCUUACACAGGCAGCUAUGUAUUUAGACACAGGGGCAGAGCACAGGUGAAGUGGCCUACUACCGGGGCAUCCAUUUUGUUCUUCCUCACACAUGAGCUGAUUCAUGAGGUUAAAAAAAGAAAAAGGCCCUUUCCAGAAAAGCUGGGAGUUCGCCAGGAGAUGCUUCUCCUGUCUGAGCCUCUCCUGAGCUCUCUCUGCCUCCCUUUUUUGCUUCAAUGGGAUGCCAGAGGGAGGUGCUGACAGCCCUAGACAAGCCAUGCUGCCUCAUCCGGAGAUGGGUGGCAUUCUCUGGACCACAGACUUCCCUCCCUUCGAGCCAAAUAAUUCAUCCCUGAACCUGCUCUAGGUCUCACUGAGGUGUUAAAAGGUUGGUGGGGGGGGAACCGAAGGGGCCUCCAUAUUCAAAUUUUUUUAAUCCCCCUUGUGUGCGGAGGAUUACUCCAUCAAGGCCCUUUCCUUCCUUGCUUGUUUCAAGGGGUUUGUGGUUUAGGCCACAAUCCUAAAGCAAGAUGAAUGUCAGCUGAGGGGCCAAUAGAUGCUGCUUAACUGCUGCUCUGCCAACAGAAGGAGGUUCCCCUGCAGAAUGGCACUUAACAUCACUGGCACACCCACAGAAAACCCUCAGAAGCUGCCUUAUACUGAAUCAGGCCCAUUGGUCCAUUUAGCUUGGUAAUUUCUACAUUGGCUGGCCGAGGCUCUUCAGCCUUUCAGGCAAGGAUCUCCCCCAGCAGCACUUGGGAGAGGCCAGAAUUUGAACCUGGGACCUUCCGCAUGCAAAGCAGAUGUUGAGCUAUGACUGACCUACUAUGGUUUUCCCGCAAAAGCAAAAUAAGCUGUUUUAUAUUGAAUCCAUCCAGCUCAGUUCUGUUGACACUGACUGGCAGCCGCUCUCCAGGGGUUCCAGGCAGGGGACAUUCCCAGUCCUAACCUGGAGGUGCUGGGGAUUAAACCUGGGACCUUCCACAGGGGUGGAUGUAUCCGUGGUAGUGUGUGGAAACAGGGCACUUUGGGGGCAAAUGAGAAUCAGCAAGACCUCUUUGUUGACCUUCAUUCUCCCACAAAGGGGCCCUCAAGUAUGCCAGUCCUGCCGCUGGUGUAACUAAUUCCCUCCCAUUCACCACAACUUGUAUGGGAGAAGCGGACUGUGGGGGUUAAGAAAAAUCAUGGCCACAGUUUAGAGAAGGAAAAGGCACCGCAACACCACUCUGGCUGCAGUGAGCCAGCAAGGUUUUGGAAACCACCACAGAAGUGUCCCCUCAGCACCAGCAUAGAAUUAAUUUAUUUGCCCAGGUUUCUCCUGACCCAUGAAAUUGGGCCCUGGUUUAUGUGUAUGAAGCCCCUGAAUCUGUUUUAUUUGCUUUUUAUGUUUGUUUUAUUGAUUUUAAGCUGUACAGUACAUUAACAAAAAACUACAAUUAGGCUGUUUUAAUGGGAGCUGAUUUCAUUUUGCACUUAGUGUGCACUCACUGCUUCCUAUAGAUAGAUAGAUAUAGAUAGAUAUAGAUAGAUGAUAGAUAGAUAGAUAGAUAGAUAGAUAGAUAGAUAGAUAGAUAGAUGAUAGAUAGAUAGAUAGAUAGAUGAUAGAUAGAUGAUAGAUAGAUAGAUAGAUAGAUAGAUAGAUAGAUAGAUAGAUAGAUGAUAGAUAGGUUUAGAAUAAAGGCUUCCAGAAUAAAAGUAAGAUACAAAACCACACAUAACUGAUUAAUAAUAAGCCAGCCAAACCACCACCCAGCCCCCAAAUACAAAAAUCCAGAUAACUCACCAUCUGUCCAAUAAAACAACAGGAUUACUCUGCCAAAUAGUAGCAGGGUUUUUUGUUGUUAAACUUCUGGUUGUGAGCUAUUUUUUAAUGUGAUUUAAUUGUUAUAGGAGAUGCCAUUUCUUGCAUAUUUUGUUAUUUCCAUGGAGUGGGAACUGCCUGGAGAAUGGCUGCAGUUCCGUAAUAGAGCAUCUGCUUUGCAUGCAGAAGGUCUCAGAUUCAAUCCCUGGCGGGGCUGGGAUAGUUCCUUGUCUGAAAUCCUUGUCUGAACUAGUUGGGCUGAAGUUGGACUCCAGUAUAAGGCAGCUUCCUAUAUGCAUAAUUAUUUAUUGAAUUUGAAUUCAUACCCCACCUUCCUCCCUAAGGAGCCCUGGGUGGCAAACAGUUACACAACUUAAAAACAAAGCAGAAACAUUCUUAAAAUGUUAAAACUUACAAUUGAAAACAUUCUAAAAGCAAUAGCAGUUAAAAGCAUACUUCCAUCCAGCUAUCAUAUUAUUGUAAAGUUGGAAGGGAUCACGAGGAUCUAGUCCAACCCCCUGCAAUGCAGGAAUCUUUUGCCCAACGUGGGGCUCAAACCCACGACCCUGAGAUUAGAGUCUCGUGCUCUGCCAAUUUAGCUAUUUUAUCUCAGGAUUACCAGGAACAGUAUUCUUCAGCUACCAGAUAUGCUUGUGUGAACAGGUGUGUUUUAAAAUUCUUCCCAAAAGUUAAUGGGUGGAGACAGGCUCACCUCACAACAGAGGGCAUUCCACAACUGGGGAACCACCACCAAAAAGGCCCUGUCACACCUAGUUUGGUGGAAAAAACGAUGCCGAUUCACUCAAAUCUAAAAGUUCUGCUCCUCCUCCUCCUCUGCAGGACUGCGAAGGCUUUGAGAAAUGCUGCACCAACGUCUGUGGCCUGCGGAGCUGUGUGGCAGCCCGCUACGCGGACGGAAGCCUCUCCUCGCUGGAGCUGGUGCAAGAAGCCACAUGCGAGAGCUUUGUGUGCACGCAACAGGGCUCGGACUGUGACAUCUGGGACGGGCAGCCCGUCUGCAAGUGCAAGGACAGGUGCGAGAAGGAACCCAACUUCACCUGCGCCUCCGACGGACUCACCUACUACAACAAGUGCUACAUGGACGCCGAGGCCUGCAUCCGGGGCAUCAGCCUGGCCGUGGUGCCGUGCAAGUACAUUUUCACCUGGCCCAACACCAGCCCGGUGCCGAUGGAGACCACGGCUCACCCGACGCCCGGCGCAGGCACUGAGCUGCCCAUACCGCCGGCCCUCUACAACAACCCCUUCCACCAGUUGGUCUACGUGGGGGGCACAGUCAGCUUUCACUGCGAUGUGAGUGGGCGGCCGCGCCCCGACAUCACGUGGGAGAAGCAGAGCGACCACCAGGAAAACUUCAUCAUGCGGCCCGACCAGAUGUAUGGCAACGUGGUCGUGACCAACAUCGGCCAGCUGGUCAUCUACAACGCCCAGCCGGAGGACGCCGGGAUCUACACUUGCACGGCCAGGAACUCCGCCGGCCUCCUGCGGGCGGACUUCCCGCUGUCUGUUGUCAAGAGAGAGCACUCCAGAGGGGAGCCGAAGGCAUCCAGCCCUCCUCAGCUCCCGCCCGGCGAGUGCCUGAAGGAACCUGACAAGCAGGAAUGCGAGGCCUACCAAGUCCGCUGGCAUUUUGACUCCAAGAGAGGCUUGUGCACCACUUUCCGCUAUGGCGGUUGUGGGGCUAACCAGAACCACUUCGACACCUACGAAGAGUGCCAACUGGCCUGUGUCAAUAACGCCGUCAACCUCUGCACUCUCCCCAUCGUGCAGGGCCCCUGUAAGAACUGGGAGCCCCGCUGGGCCUACAACCACCUGAUGAAGCAAUGCCACUCCUUCAUCUAUGGCGGCUGCGAGGGCAACGAGAACAACUUCGACGGCAAGGAGAGCUGCGAGGACGUCUGCCCUUUCCCCAAGACGCUGCAGUGCAAAGCCUGCCGUCUGAAGAGCAAGAUGGUGCCCAGCCUCUGCCGCAGCGACUUCGCCAUCGUGGGACGGCUGAUGGAGAUCAUCGAGGACCAGGAUUCUGGCAUUGCCCGCUUUGCCCUGGAUGACAUCCUCAAGGACGAGAAGAUGGGCCUCAAAUUCUUCAACAUCAAGUACCUGGAGGUGACCUUGACAGAUAUGGACUGGAACUGCCCCUGCCCCAACAUGACCACUGAGGACGGCCCCCUCAUCAUCAUGGGCGAGGUGCAGGAAGGCAUGGCGGUCCUCGACCCCAACAGCUACAUCCGGGCCGCCAACGAUAAGCGGGUCAAGAAGAUCCACGAACUGCUGGAGAAGAAGACGUGCGAACUUCUCAACCGGUUCCAGGACUAGCAUGGGCGGCAGUGACAGCUGCUGCUUGUCUGUGGCAGAGAAGGGAAGGCAGACAAAGGCUGACGUCCCUUUCCCCAAGAGACUCUGCUCUCCUUUUCUUGUGCUGUGCUGCAGCUAUGCAAGGACUGGGUUGGAGACUGGCAGGACAAAUCUGGCGCUCCUGGAAAGCCCAUGAGCCUCCAAGUGGGUCCAGAGUGCAGAGGGGCGAAUCCUUAUUCCAUGCCACCUUCACGGACCUGCCUCUCAUUUUUAGAUGUUUUCAGUUAUUAUCACUACUGUUUCAAUGAGCUCCAUUAUUGCUUGUAACUACCUAUUGUCUGUUUUUGUGUGUGAGAGAGAGCUGUAAUUUAUCUGCGCCUGUGACAUCCCUCCAGCCCAGCCUAUGUGGAAUUAAUAAUAAUAAUAACGAAAAGGAAAUCCUGUGUUCCUUCUACACUGGAGGCUGUUCUCUACCAGCCCCUUUCUUUCCUGUUGUAAAAGCAAAUUCUAGCUAAAAAGGUCAUGAGGACUAGCCUCCCAUCAAAUAAUGGCAAAGGGAACGGGGAGAAACAGGCUUACUGUAGCCGGAUGCGGGUGGGGAGCAGAGUUUGCAAAAUGUGAGAGGGACCUUCCUAAGGAAGGAAGAACAAUUGCUAAGGGAGAAACAGAAAGUGA